AUGAUAGCUAACUCGGAUAUUCAAGCAGAUUCGGCUCCGAGCGAUUCGGACAAGGCCGUAGAUGAAAUCAUUGGAAACAAUAGUUAUCAUCCCGGUGUUGCCGGUGCUGAGUAUGAUGGGCUUCAUGUUCAAUGUCCUCCUCACACAACGGAGCGGAAGCUCAUAACACGUGUCGACUGGCACUUGAUACCGUUCCUCUGUAUUCUUUAUCUCCUAGCUUUCUUGGACAGAGUCAAUAUUGCCAAUGCGAAAUCUUUCCUUCUAGUUGAAGAUUUGCACCUCAAGAAUAAUGAGUACAAUACUGCAUUAACCAUGUUUUUUGUACCAUAUAUAAUUGCCGAGAUUCCUAGCAAUAUCUUUCUAAAAAGGUUCUCACCUCGCAUAUGGCUUCCUACCUGUAUGUUGGGGUUUGGCAUUGCGUCCGUAUGCCAGGGUCUUGUACAGAACUACUCUGGUCUCCUUGCGACACGGUUCUUCCUAGGGCUGUUCGAGAGUGGAAUGUUUCCUGGAUGCUUUUAUCUCAUUAGCAUGUGGUAUAAGCGGAGUGAAUCGCAGAAGCGUUACUCUCUAUUCUUUACGUCCACUUCUCUAGCUGGAGCUUUCGGGGGUCUCUUGGCGUCCGCCAUAGGCAAGAUGCAAGGUAUCCGCGGAUAUAAUGGCUGGCGAUGGAUUUUCAUACUUGAAGGAAUCCUUACAUGCCUAGUUGCUGUUGUCUUUUACUUUGUUUUCCCCUCGUUCCCCGAGGAAGCUAAGUGGUUGACCGAAGAGGAGCGAACUUACAUAAAAGCCCGACUACAAGCUGACCAAGGCCAUAAUGCUGCUGAUAGAAAGACUACGUUUCGCGAUGUCGUAAAUGUAAUGAAGGAUCAUCGUGUCUGGCUUGGUGGAGUUAUGUACUUUGGAUUGAUUGUCCCCGCGUAUGGUUACGCCUUUUUUGCACCUACCAUCAUUUCGACAUAUCAUUACGAUCCUAUCCAGACGCAGCUCCACAGUGUAGUUCCUUGGGCUGCAUCUUUUGGCUUCUCUCUUCUCACAGCCGUGCUAUCCGAUUGGAUGCAACAUCGUGCAGCUUUUGCACUUGCGCCACUUACCCUUGGUCUUGCAGCUUUCGGCGUUUUACUCAGGGUCCACGACAACACACCGGUUCAAUACGCAAUGUUAUGUUUCGUUACGAUGAGCACUUACAGCGUGCUGCCCAUUACCGUCUGCUGGUUUAGCAUGAAUCUUGGUGGUCAUCAUCGUAGGGCUAUAGGUACAGGGUGGCAGAUUGGCUUUGGCAACAUCGGCGGAAUUAUAGCCACGUUUGCUUUUCUCAAUACCGACGCCCCAUACUUCAAGAACGGUUAUUCAAUCUGUCUCGGAUUCACGUGUUUGAGCGGUUUGGCGUCAGUCUUAUAUCUUAUAUCGAUCUACCGCGAAAACCAAAGGAGAAAGAAGGCUGUUAGAGACGUUGGUUUAUCAGACUAUGAGAAGAGCGAGUUGGGAGAUCUGAAUCCCGAGUUCAGAUAUAUGUAUUAG